AUGAUAAAGAUAUUUCUCCUUUUUAUCUUCCAAGUGAUUGCAGUGUGUAUACAAAAUGUGAAUGCGGUUAAUCAAAAAAAUUUUCUCACCAUAAGCCACGUAAAUGCGCCCCUAGGAUGGCAGUCUAACCGACAGAGGAAAUAUGCCUAUGUGGAUCUACGAAGAAGCAAAGGUGAAGAGGGGAAGCGGAACGCCCUGGGUACGCAGGGAGGGAGUAGGCAGUGCCCCUUGCGGAAGGUGAGCUUCGCAGGCUUGAUGGGUUUCUCCGGGUUGUCCAUCCCGCUGUUCCUAGCAACCUACAUGAUAUACAGCAAAAUAAAAAAUGACAACAAAAAUUUAACCGAAGCGGAAAAAAUUAUGGGAAAGUUCCUCUACAAGCAUGAAAAUAAUUUGACACAAGGAAGCAACUAUGAGGAAGAAAAAUCCUACAAUUUAUUUUACAUAAUCCAUGCCAUAUAUAACAACAUUCGAACGUUAAUAAAUUUUUACAUGAAUGUAAAAAAGGUCAGUACAAAGGAUGCCUCAAAUGAGUACACCAUUUUAUUUUUCCAUUCCUACAAUGUGGACAGAUUUUUGCACACAAGAAAUAUCAAAACCAAUAUGAACAAUUGGUACAGUAUAUUAUUUCACGAUAAAAAACAAAUUUUAAAAAUGAUAAAAAAUUACAAUAUUAUGAAUAUCCCCACGAUGGUAUUGUUGGACAAAAAUAUGAACAUCAUAAAUGACAAUAUAAAUUAUUUGCUGCUUCACCAGAGGAAGGAUUUUCCCUACAGAGACGUUAACCAUUUGACAUACAUAAAUUGGCUAUAUGAUAAAAAUGGUCGAAAAUACGAUUUUAAAAAAUUAAAUUCAGAUUAUGUACUCUUUUAUUUUAACAAUGAGAAGGACAACAAGGGGGACCUCCAAUCCCUCCUCAAGGUGAAGAAAAAAAUGGCGGCGAAAAAUAUUAACGUGGAUAUUAUUUUUGUGAAAGACAUGGAAAUGAUGAAGGGGAAGACCUCCUCCAAGGGAGAUGGUAUGGUGAGUCAGCAGGAAGGUGAAAAAGUAGGCCCACUGACGGAUGGAAAAACUGAGGGGAAUGUUCCAAGCGAAGGAAUCGACAACAAGGAUACACACCAGUCAAGCAAAAAGGAAGGACAGUCCGCACUUCCUGUGGCUGAAAAGCAGGGGGAGAAAAAAAACACGUCUAAUCAAAUCGGCCAAUCGCGUGGCACAAAUGACCAGACGGAACACUACGUCGACGAUGUGUACUACCUAGGUGAACAAGAAAAUAACGCCAUUUACAAACUGCUCCUUUAUGACAUGUUCGACGUGACAUUCAAACCUGUGUGCAUUCUCGUAAACAAAAAGGGAAACAUUAUAAGCAAGUAUAUCCACGUGGAGAAGAAGGAAGACGAAAUAGCUGGCUUCAUACAAAAUAAUUACAAAAGUUUACACGAAAAGGCAAAUGAAAAAAAUUACAUGUACAAAUAUGAAAAUGUUAGCAACUUAAAUAACUUAAACGUCUUCUCGCCAAUCUUCAUCCUCUUCAGUGAGAAACUCAACUUGGAUUUGCUACACCAGUACAAUGACUUGAUUGGCCAGUAUAAUAAAAACAGAAAGGGCAAGAAAAUUAACUUUUACUUCCUCGUCACCGACGAUAAAAAGUACGAAGCUUUGAAAAAGCUCUGCGCAGUGGAUAACACCACCCAGGCGGUCAUUUUGGAUUUGUUUAACCAGAAGAUGUUUAAGGACAAGGUGAACAAACUGGACGUCAUAGAAAAUUUGGCUGGCAAGAGCGUCAUUAACAAGGACAAAUUCUUCAGCUUCGUGAACAAAUACUAUGGCGACGACUUGUACGCCUCUCCCAUUGUGCUCACCAGGGGGGUAUAG